UUUACACAUGAAGCGGGUCGUAAAAAGUCUAGCUGCGGAAUGUCACACGUUGACUUCGAAUCCUGAAAGUGGUUUCUGUGAUGUAAAUGUUUCAAGCCCAAGUCUAGAGAACUAAACAUCGACAAUAGAUGAACAGUCGUUAAGUAGCAUCAUGUCUCAUUUGGCCAAUAUUGAGAAUUGUGGUGCAUUUUCCAAUGGUGUUGAUAUCCUGAGCAUGCCGUCGCCAUGUAUGCAGUCCACGCCAACAACAAAUCCUGUUUGCAAAGAUGCUCUAAGUUCAUCCCAAGUUAGCACUCCAUCACCCAAGAUGAAAAAAACACCAAAGAUGGAAAAGUCGAAGGCAGCCGGGCUGCCGACUGAUAUGGGUUUUCCUGAGCGCUUUUCGAUGAAAGUGGAAAGGGCAAUUGAAGAAGGGAAUAUAUUGCCUGUGAGGAGACAACUGAUUGCUGAUAUAGCUCAAUUUUACCAAGGAUUGUCAAAUUCUCCCCAACAAGGAGACUACAAAAGAAUUGCAUUGAAGACCUGUGAGAAGUUUCCCCAGCUAAAAGAUUCAACUGGAACAAAUUUUUGGGCAUCUGUUCAGAGACAGUUGAGCCAGUACUUUAGAAAUCAGCGAAGGUAUUCAAAAGUGAGACUGUCCACUGAUAGUAAGAAUGGAUGCCCGGCUUCAAAAUUGGCAAAGAUUAGUGACUCGAAAGUUGAUGAUGCAGUCACACAACAAAGAAAUUUAGAGCUGCUUAAAGACUACCAAGUUGGGUCGAUAUCGGGAAAGACAUUUGUCACACUGGUGGAAGACACGUAUCAGGCACGAAGGAAGUUUAUAACUUCAUAGGCCUCUUCCAGUGCAGAGAUUCUGGAGAAAUGCCCUUAUCUUGGAAAAGCAGAGAAUGUUAGAAAGGAGAUGAAACGGGUCAUGCAGGGAUUCUCCUACCCUGAAACUCUAAAGAAUUUCGAAGCUGCAUUAAAGCAAGUUAUAGGAGAUGACAACAAGAUGACAAAACUUGAUAAUGGGGAAGUAUACAACGCUGUUGUAGCGAUUGAGAAGAAAACAAUGCGAAAAGGCCAAUCAGCCAUAAAGUUGAAAGAUCGGUCAUGUAAGCCUGACCAGCUUUUUAAAGACAAAAUGGUGGAUUUCAAGCUUGUGUUGGUUGGGUCUCCAGAUGAUAUACUGCAAGCCUUCAUUGCUGGUGAGAAUCAAUGCUUCAUGGAAACCUCAAAUAAUCUUCUGGAGGCCUUAGUGGACCUUAUUUGUACUUACUAUGUUUUUGAUGUGAGUUACCCUGAUAAUCUCUCAGGCAUUCUUUUUUUAAUUCAAGAUUUUGGUCUUAGGGCAAAGGACAAUGCCAAAAGGUCCAUAAAGUACUCUACUUUAGCAUCAGAACUAUUAAACGCGGGUUGUCUAAUUACCCACAU